AUGGUGUAUAGGGCUCCACGCGUGAUCAUCGUCGAUACCUACAACGCCCUCCACGCCAUCGAGGGCCUGGGCCCGCAAGCCGCGUCCCUGGACGUCCCCGCACUCGCCCGCCUGAUCGCCUCCAGCCGCUACGCCGGGGCCCGCUGCCUGCUCGUCUGCGACGGGAACCGGGGCCCCAGCGGACGGAUCGAGGGCGCCCCGGGCGUCGAUGCCCUCUACGCGGGAGCCGGCAAGGACGCCGAUUCUCUGAUCGAAUCCAUCCUCGCCACCCACUCCGCCGCGAGGAACGCCCUGGUCGUCUCGAGCGACCGGCGCGUCCAGCGUGCCGCCGAGCUCGCCCGCGGGAAGUGGAUCGACAGCCCCGCCUUCCUCGCCCAGCUCCUCAAGGACGCCGAGGCCCCGAAGCCCGAGCGCCCCGCCCUCACCCCGGCCGACGAGGCCGAGAUCAUGCGCGCCUUCGGCGUCGAGCCCGAGGAGAUCGAUCGACGCCGGCGCGGGUUCGACCCGACCGGAGACCCCACCCUCGACGAGGCCAUCGAGCACUUCGGCACGAGGAUCGACCCCGACGAGCUCGACAUGUCCCGCUGGCUCGACGGCGAGGAUUCCUGA